AUGGAUUUGAGUCCGAAUGCGGGGCGCGUGCAGGCGUCGCCUCCGCGGCAGGGCGCGACGGUGCGCAGCGUGGACUUCGCGCAGCGGGACCGCGCCCUCCAGCAUAUGGAAGAGGACGUCCCCGAGCUCGGACGGAUCCUCAUGAGCGCCCUGUGGGAUCUGAAGAAGCUCAGGGAACGCAUCAACGGCGCAGCUGCAGAUGCAGCACAACGCGCUCGGGAGGAGAAGGAGGAGAGGCGGGCGAAGCUGGAGCGCGACCCCUCGUUUCAGGAGCUCAAGCACUUCUCGAACCAGAUCCAAGAGACGGGGUACCGAGCGUGGCGCGACUCCACUGGCACGGAGCAGGCCGACGCGGCCCGGAAACACCUCCAGAGCAAGGACAGGCACCUCCUGGUGGAGCAGGACUACACCUGGCACGGCCAGGAUGAAGAGCAGUCGCAGCCACGUCGCGGACGGUCGAAGGGCGGACGCGGCGCGGGCUCCUCGGGCCGCGUAGAGAAGGCGAGCUCGUACGCGGGAUCGGGAUACAAGGCAGCGCGUCAGGCGCGACGGGAGGGCGGCAGCCGCUUCGCGCGCGAGGCCGGAACCUCGGAGAGGUCGCAGGAGGUCCUGCGGCUACAGAACAAGGACGCGGGGUACGCCAGCGAGCAGUCGCACGGGCCGCACCAGGCUGCGCGCUCGCGCAGGAGCCGCUUCAGCAACUCGGGCGACGACCGCGCCGCGUCGCCGGGGGGCGGGUUCCUGCGGCAGGGAGCGGCCGCGAGCAUCGAGGAGAACAAAAGCAACCUCUUCGCGGAAACGUCGAGCUCUGCUGGGCUCCCCGCAUCGGCAGCGGGCUCCCGCGAAACGAGUCACCCGGGCGGGGCGCACGCGCGGUCGUCGCGGCUCGCGCCGAGUGUCGAGCCCUCGGCCGACUCCCUCGAGGGCACGAUCGCCGCGAUGGAGGCGGCAGCGCGUGGCACCUUGGGGGAGGGUGUCGGGCGGGGGGCUGUGCGGGAGGAGAAGGAGCGAGAGGGCGGCGCUGGCGACGAGGCUGGCCCGUCCGGUGUGGGUGACGAGCGGGAGCAGGAAGGGGGUGGCGGGGCGGUUGAGGGCGGCACUGCUGCGGCAGCGGCACCCGAGGCCAGGACGCCGGAAGGCGCCGCUGCGCCGGGGCAGAAGCCGCAGCGGGAAGAUCGCGCGGGGAAGAAGGGGCGAUCGAGCGGUCGCGGCAGGGAGGGCGCGCGCCCGGUGGUGUCCCCCGGGGGGCAGCGGAGGGGCGCAGCGCGGCGGAGGGAGGUGCGGAAGCUCCCCGCGCCGCAGGCGGUCGUCGAGUCCGGCGGGGCCCUGGACAACUGGGACAGGUCGCGUCCCGAGAGCGUUGCGUUGCCGCCGGCCACCACCCCGCCGCCGCCGCAGUCUGCCGACGCCACGGGGCGCGCGCCGCGGCAGCAGAGGACGCCCGGGGCCGACAGCAGCGAGUCGGCGCACCUCGCUGGCGCGGCCGCGGACCUCCUGGGCGAGCUCGUGCGCAGCGACGUUUCGCACAUCACCCUGAGUGCGCAAGAGGUGGCCAGCGCGCUCGCUGCGGUGGACGCCGCUGAGGAGCGGCUGCGCGUGCACGUCGGCGUGCUGCUCGGCCUCUCGAUCGACCAGACGCUCGAGGCGGACCGCAAGCUCCCGCCGCGGCUCGUCUCCGCGCGCACGCAGGCCGAGGCCAGCCCCCCCGCGCGACGCAAGUCCGCGGCGGAGGACGAGGCCUCCCCCGCGCGGCCGCAGAGCUCCAGCGGGAGGCACGCGCAGCCGCGCAAGGGCCAGCUGCGCCCGCUCGCGCCCCGGAAGCGCGCUUUGAAGGACUGGGUGUUCAAAACGCUGGGAAACCUCGCGAUUCCCGAGGAGGCGUACCUGGCGCGGAACUUCGGCGCGGCGGCGCAGCAGUCCGUCGUGGCCGCGCCCGAGGGCGGGUCCGUGCACGUCAAGCUCCUUCCGGAGCUGCCGAAGUUCGAGGGGCGGUCGGCGGGCGGCGCGCAGCCGGAGGAGGAGGAGGGCAGCGCGGCGGAUAAGGCGGCGCCGGUGCGGAAGCCCGUGAAGGGCAAGGCGUUCCUGUCCGUGACGACGCAGCCAGGCUCCGGCAAGGAGGGGUGGUCGGAGGAGCUGUACCCCGCGCGGCCGAUCACGACGCCGCAGGCGCGCGAGCGCGCGGAGGCGGCGCGGAAGGAGCUGGAGUCGAUGGUGCACAAGGCGAGCAUGCCGCUGAACAUUUACUUCACGCGGCCGAAGGAGCCCCCGAAGGAGAUCGAGUACCCCGUGCGCAAGGCGGCAGAGGAGCGCGAGCGGCGGCGGAUGGAGAAGGAGAUGCAGGAGCUGAAGAGCCGCGGAAUGAUCGACGAGCAAGGGAACGUGCUGAUACCCGGCACGGCGCCCGGGUGGCGUCGCGGGGGGCGCAAGCACCGUCGGGAGCUCGGUAUGAUGGGGGACAUCACGGGGGACCAGGUCCUCAAGGCGGCCAACCACAACUACCGCAGCUCGCUGCCCGGCAUUGCGGGCCAGGACGAGCGUGUCGAAAGCGUCACGCCGACGCUGCCAUCGCAGCCCAGCGCGCUGCCCCCGGGCCUGAAGGUCCAGCUCCCGCCGAGCAUCCGCGAGGUGGCGGCGGGCAACCGGCAGGCAACCGAGGGGCGCCCGGUCGUGCCCCCGAUGCGCCCCGCGUCUGUCCCCGAGGACGUUUGGUACAACAUGACGGCGGCGGCGGCGCAGCUGAGCGACCCGGACAAGCCGCCGUUCGUCAUCAAGAUCUUCCAGGGCACGAUCCUCGAGGGCGAGGCCUUUGCGGAGUUCUACCAGCGCCACCGCGACGUGUGGAACCCCAUCGCCGUCAUCCUGAUGGAGCUCGAGGACUGGUGCUCGAAGAUGCAGGUCCGCCGCGCGUACAUCAACACCGAGAUCCUCGUCCCGCUCGCGCUGUCGACCAUCGUGCGCGGACAGGCCCCCGAGGCCGCGGACAUCAUGAUGUGUAUUUCCAACAUCCACGAGAUCGAAGAACAGCUCCAGCUGCCCGGGUGGCGGUUCCGGCGGCCCGACGGGCUCGAGGUGGCGGCGAGGUACAUCCAGGCGGCGUGGCGCGCGUUCGCGCGGUCGAAGGAGCUCGAGCGGAUGAACCGCGCUGCGCACACCAUCCAGACCAAGUGGCGGCUGCGGCGCGUCCUCGCGCGGACGCGCCAGAUCAUCCUCGAGAUCCAGGAACGCCGCGAGGCCGCGUUCUGGCGCAUCCAGGCGUCGUUCAAGGCAGCCUGGAGCGACAUCGUCAGGGAGCCGCACGUCGUGGUGCACCUCCCGUCGCAAUCCAUCUACAACGAGGAGCUCGAGUUUGGGGUAUUGCACCCGGAGUCUCGGCACAACGCGCAGAUCGGGCGGCUGAUGGACGUCGCGAACGACCUCUCCGACGUGGUCUACGUCGCGCCGCACACGCGCAUGGAGGACGUCGAUGCGUACUGGAACAAGAUCCUGUCGGUGUGCGGCGUCGACAGCCCCGACCGGCGGUACCGCAUCGUCGUGCCGGAGAACCUCGGCGCGAUCCCGCUGCACCUGAGCCUCACGAGCACGCUGCUGUACUCGCCCAAGGCGAUGGCGCGCAUGCGGCUGUUCAUUGGCAGCCGCCCCGCGUACAUCGUGGGCGGCGCGAUGGGCAAGGAGGACAUGGACCUCGCGGUGGCCAUGGGGCUGCCGAUCUUCGGUCCGCACCCGCUCCGCGCGGCCGCGAUGCGCCGCAAGUCCAAGCGCCGGCGCAUGCUUCGCCUGAGUCAGGUCAACAUGGCCCCCGGGGUGGAGCUGCCGACCAACUUCUGGAACCCCGGGCUGAGCACGAACGACGACGACGACGACCCGGUCAUGAACCCGCGCGGCGGCGACGAGGACGAGCCGCAGCGGCACCAGGACGUGGAGCUGAGUCCGGAGGAGAAGGCAGAGGCGGAGGAGCGGCUGCGGGUGCGGGCGGCGGCGGCGGUGGAGGAGGCCAAGGCGGACGGCCUGUCGGUGUACCGCGCGGGGAUGCACGGCAUCCGGUCCUCGUCGAUCAUGCACGUGCGGGACUUCCUGACCGAGGCGCGGCGGCUCUACUGGGUGUUCUCGCCCACCGAGAUCCUCGCGAACGAGCUCUCGCUGCUCAUCGCGCAGUACCCGCGCUUCGACCGCUGGAUCCUCAAGGUCGACGACGAGGUGCGCGGACGCGGCUUUGCGUGGCUCGACAUCGAGGCGGACCGCGCCCUCGCCGACGAGGUGCAGCGGCUGCGCGAGCUGGACGCCCCCGGCGAGUACGCGGUGCCGCUGGAUGCCGAGGCGCGCGCGCUCGCCGCCACGGAGCUCGCGCGGCUCCUGGAGGCGGCGCUGCCGGCAAAGUGCAAGAUCGCCGACACGCGGCUCUUCCCGAGCUGGCGGCCGUACGCGGACGCGUUCAUGCGCCGUGGCGGCGUCAUCGAGGCGUGCCCCGAGUCGGUCGUCGGCAGCCCCGAGGUCAACAUGGUCAUUUCUCCCAACGGUCAGGUCAAGCUGGUCGCGACGCACGAGCGCGUCUUCGCGACGCCGUACCAGGCCGUCGGCACCGCGUUCCCGCAGGUGUCCGUCCCGCCAAGCGCCGCGGUCGACGCCGCGAUCGCCGUCGGCCAGGCGCUGUUCCGCGGCGGGGUCAUUGGGCACGUGUCGGUGUCCUUCAUCGCGCUGCGGCAGGGCGGCGUGCUGCGGCUCUGGGCGAACGACUUCCAGAUCGGCUUCACGCAGUCCGCGAGCACCUACAGCGUCUUCAACCUCCUCGCGGACGGGGAGUUCUCGGCGCGCACCGGCGCGUACUUCACCGAGGAGCAGCCCGACGAGUCCGACGACGAGGACACGUGGGCGCUCCCGAACCGCGGCGGGCAGGUCUCGACGGGCAUCCUCUCGAAGCGGUGCUACCUGAGCAUCGACUUCCUGCACCACCCGGUCCUGGGCCGCAUGCCCUACAGCGAGCUGUUCGAGCGGUGCCGGAUGAAGGGGAUCUUCUUCGACAUGGGCGCGCGGCGGGGCACGGCGUUCACGCUGAUGGAUUCCUUCACGGGGUGCACGGUCGGGCUGCUGUCGGUGGCGGAGGACCCCUUUGACGCCAUGCGGCAGGCGACGCAGGUGCUGUCGUUCGUGCACCACCAGGCGCAGCGGCUGGGCGUGGCGGGGCCGACGGCGGCGGGGCAGAACGAGCAGGAGGAUCUGGACCACUUCUCGCGGACCCUGGCGGCGUUCCGGUUCCUGUGCCGGCAGCUGGACCCGAAGAACCCCAGCGGGAAGGGGUCGCUGCAGGCCGCGGGAAUCACGGCGCCGACGCACAAGAUGAGCCCGACGAGCAUCGCGGCGCUCCUCCGCGACGAUUCGUCGAGCGAGUCGGACAUGGAGCUGCCGCCGCAAGAGGACGGCAGCCUGUCGGGGGUGCACAGGACGCCCUCGCCGACGGCACAGCAAGUCUAG